AUGAAAUUUGAUUUGCCUGUGGAGAGAAGAUAUAAUAAAGGCACUCAGCAUGAAUUCAAUGUCAAACCUUUGAAAGGUGAGGUAGCUGCUAAAAAAAAUGAUAUCGACGAAGAGGUCGAGAAAGAGGAAAAGAGAAGACCUUCUCACACCCAAAUCAGGAAAAUGUUCUCAGGAGAAGGGAUGCUUCACUAUCAUCCUAUAAAGUCUUGUGUUCUCUUCCCAGCCAGAUACUUUAGCACGAAAUUCAUCAAGAUGCGUUUCUGGCACAUAUUUGUGGUAGCAGUUCUCUUCGCUGUGGCGUAUGCCGCAGUAGUAGAAUCAGUAUCAGAAGAGAUAAAUCCUGAUAAACCAGAAAUUUCUCACGUUCGGGCGAAACGAGGUCUUCUCCUGAAAAAGAAACUCGCACUCGUUGGAGGUGCAUUGCUUGCCAAAAAAGUUAUAGGUGCAGGAGUCUUAGGUGCAGGAGUUUUAGGUGCAGGAGCCUUAGGUGCAGGAGCCUUAGGAGCAGCAGGUCUCGUAGGCUCUAAACUUUACAGCGCUAAACAUGGUCUUGGCGGAAGCUACGGUGGAGGCUAUGGUGGAGGCUACGGUGGAGGCUAUGCUGAAGGCUAUAGUGGAAGUUAUGGCGGAGGUCACGGUGGUUAUCAAAGUUCCCCUACUAUAGUCCACAACUAUUAUCCAGCACAAAAUUCCGUUUACGGAUAUUCUGACUCUGGCUGGUCAUCUCCCUCUGGAUCAUCUGGUUAUGGACCAUCUAGUUACGCGUCAUCCAAUGUUGGGUCUUCUGGUUCCGAUUGGGCAUCUGCUUCUGGAUCAGCCGGAUACGGCCCAUCCGGUUAUGGAAAAUCUGGUUAUGGCUCGUCUGGCUAUGCGCCUUCCGGAUAUGGUUUAUCCAGCACUUAUGGAGCGCCUGGAUGGACUGGAUAAAAUAAUUCCUACAGUAUUUUCGAUCAGUGAGAGUUCGUACAACCACCUACAAAACUUAAUAGGAAAUAAUCAUUCGCUGUGCCGAAACCCAUCUUGUCUAUAAC